UCAAAAUUAAAUAGGCCAUAUUCAUUUGACCUUGGUGAAGGUCCCUCGACAUCAACGUUGACUUCCCACAAAACGAUUAAAAGAUCUUAUACUAAUGGUAAUAACGAAACCUACCCAACCUCAACGUGGAGAUCAUUUCAGGGUCGGUCUUAUACGACUCGAAAAAGAAAAAAUAGUCGUCAAUUAGAUGAUGACGAAAUUCGUGCUCUUCCAGAACAGCCAAAUUAUGAAAAAUAUAAUGCUCGUGCUUUCAGUGAGAAUCCUUUCAUGAAACAAACCACUCCAUCAACACUUGUUAAAGGAACUUACAAACUAAAUGCUGAAAAAAUAGAGCGAUCGUUUCUGCAAGUCUGUUUUAGCAUACCUGUCAACCAAGAAACCGAUAUCGAUAAAGAACAAGACGUUGAAAUGACUACUUAA